GCACGGGGCGGGGCAAACGCCUCUCGCCAUAGGCUGUCCGGAGAGGCCCCGCCCCCUCGGUCGCCUGGCAACGUGAGGCGCUGGCGGCGGGUGGGACCGGGAUCGGAACCGGGAUUGAGGCAGGGAUUGGGAUUGGGACAGAACAUCCAAGAAGGAAGAUUUAAGUGACAGUGGCAGCACAGGGACCUUGAUGUUCUUUGAGAGUCUCACCUUGUGUGAGAGCUGUGUCCCUUUAGACUUCAAACCACUCAGCCCACAGGUUGAAUCCAUGGCAACAGGGAAUCCAGCUGCAUUCCAAGCAUCAUUGUGAAGCAAAGAACCCUGGUGAAGGACAUGGCAACUCCAGAGAAGGCAACGACCCCCUUAGGUGCCAUGGGGGUGUUGGAGCCACGUCAGCUAAAGCCUGAUAGCGCAGAGACGGAAAGAAUCCUGACUGUCUUGGAUGAGACCAUUACCAAGCUGGAGAUGACCAGGUUGAUCCCACGGAUCACUAGCUCCCUGGAGAGGUUUGCUAGGAUGCUGGGACCUGAGAUCACAGCCAGCCUGUUGGAGCACCAAAAGCUUUCAAAUGAAAUGCAGCACCUGCUCGCCAGCCCUGGAGCACAGGAGACCAUAAGAGCCAGGGAGCAACGCCUGAAAUGUUCUCUUAGACACAUCCUGAGGCUCCUUCUGGCCAACCCUUUGCUUUGCCAGGGACUGAAGUAUCAAGUCCAGGUGAGAGCAUCACCAGCUGAUGCGUUUAUCAAAGCCUUUGCAGAGUUCAGGGAUUUCAUGCUGGAGAAGCUCCUGACCAGUCCUGCUGAAGAGCGAGAAAAGAUUCAGUUCGUGGAAGAAAUGUCCCUCAAGGCUGAGCAAAACACUGAAGUGAUCACAGCUCUACAGGCAGAGCUGGCAGCAGCAAUCCAGACUCGAAAGGAGGAGAUGGACAAGAAGGACAAAAUGAUUGAAGACCUCAAAACCACCAUGGAAAAUCUGGCCAAGGACCGCAAAGCUGAGAUCCAGCAGAUGAAGAAGGAAGGGGCAAAACAGCAAGAAGAGGAGGCGAAAGCCGCCCAGGGCAGGUGUGCCAGGCUGCAGGAGGACGUGCAGCACCUGCGAGUGCAGUUCAGUGCCCUGGUAGAGGAGCAUCGAGCCUCGGAGCUGCGUCUCAGGAAGAAGAAGUGCAGAACGGAGGAGGAAAUUGAGAACUGGAUCCAGAAAUAUGACACAGACAUGGCAGCAAAACAGGCCACGUUCGAGGCGAUUCACGCUGUCUACACUGAGGAGAAGGCCCAGCUGGCCCAACUGAUGGAGAAACACGCUCUGCUGCUCCAGGAGUAUUCCCAGAUUGAGGAGGAGCGCAAGAUGCUUAAGCAGAAGGAGGAGGAGGAAUUGCAGGAGCAGGCCAGGAGGAACCGUGCUGCCACCCGCAUCCAGGCCGCCUGGAGAGGCUACGUGGUGCGGUCCUUCUUCAAGGCAAAGCUGAAGAAGCUGAAGAAGGCCAAGGGCAAGGGGGGCAAAAAAUAAAGCCCCAAAUACCUUCUUUGCCCCAGCAAAGCUGCUGGGCUCUUCCAGAUAAAAGCGUUAAAUUGUUAAGUUUGGAAAAGA